CAUAAAAAAUUUUAAUUUUUAUAAAUAGGAACGUCAUUAAUGUGAUAUACACUGUGAUAUAUGACAAUUUAUGAUGUCGCUGACGGUGGAUGCAAUUCCAUACAUAGCUAAAAACGUAACUAAAACAGUUAAACAAUUAAAUUUAGACAUUUUAAGACAGAUAGAAGAUGAUCUUGAUAUAGAUGAGAAGAUCUCUAUAUUAUUUUUGAUAACAGAAGAUUAUACAAAUGCAUUUCACAAUAUCAUUAAUCUUUUCCAAAAAACAAGGACAGAAAAUGCAUACAUAAUUGCAAAUUAUGUAGAAAACUAUCCAAAAAAUUGGCAAGAUAAAAUCAUGGAAGCACUAUCUAUUUUGAACAACAGAGAAGUGAUAAGGAAACUGAACAUACGAUUUGACAAAUUAGAUUUAUAUUAUGUUCCAAACAUCAGAUUAUGUUCAAGAAAUAUAAAUGUGAUUGCAAAAUGUUUAUAUAAAUUAUGUGAAUCUUUAAACGAAAAUGAACAGGAACUGUUAUUAAGCUAUGUCAAAUCUGAUAUCUCUAAUUAUGAAUCAUUGCUGAACGAUGUAAAUUAUCUUGAAUUGCAUAUACUUUAUUGGAUGCAAGUUGGAUAUAUUACAAUUUCCAAAGAUAAAAAAUCAAAAAUGAAAAAUUUAUUAAAACAUUUGGAAAAAUUUGAGGAUUCUAAAAUAAUCUAUUUGGAUUUGCAAAAAUUUGAAAAUUCUUUAAAUGUUGUUGAUAAUCAUGGUUCUCUUGGGACAAAUGGCAAAAAUCAUCUUCAACCAAUUUCCUUAGAAGAGCGAUCUUUUACAGAAGAGCAUUCUUAUUGUGAAAAGAAGUUUAUUGAUAGUGGAUUGUGUGUUAUUAUAAAUCAAAUGUAUUUUGAAAAAGAGUAUGAAACACGAUUUGGCACAAACACUGAUUGUACAAAUCUAUCUGAAACAUUUCAAAAGUUUGGGUUUAAAAUUGUAAUAUAUACAAAUUUGAAAAGAGAAGAAAUGUUAAACAAAAUGAAAAAUAUUUCAAAAGACCAUGGUAAUAAUUACGAUUGUUUAUUUCUCUGCAUUUUAAGUCAUGGAUAUAAAGGAGGCGUAAUGGCAUCAGAUGAGAAAGAAGUUUCAUUGGAAGCAAUUGAAAAAGCUGUUUGUUGCAUGGAGUUAAAAGAUGUUAUUAAAAUUGUUCUUAUUCAAGCCUGUCAAGGAAAGAUUCGAGGAAGUAUAAAUAAUCGUCUAGCAACAGAUGGUUUAUCUGAUCCUGAACAUAUAUCAGCAGAUAUACGGCAAUUUACAAACUUUUUCAUAUUUAUGUCGACAAUGCAAGGUUUCCUCUCAAUACGUCAUAAAGAAAAAGGCUCAUGGUUCAUACAAGAAGUUUGCAAUGUUCUCAAAAAUUAUGGGAAUCAGCUUACUUUCUUUGAAUGUGUUAGAAAAGUAAUGAUGUCCGUGCAAGAAAGAGAGGAACAUUAGAUGGGAAUCAUGUUGCACAGUUACCAGAGAUACGUCAGGAUCGUU